AUGAAAGCUUCAACACUUGCUGUCAAAGCAGCUAUUCAACACGUACCAGAUUUUGCAACACAUGUACCAAGUUGUGUUGAUUUUUCCAUAGCAAGUUCUAGUGCGAAAAUUGGAUUGACAAAGGAGGACGUUGCUGCAAUAAAAACAUAUACCGCUGAAUGUCCGGUUUAUAAACUUCUCAAUACAGCACUUCGCAGCGAACAAAGGAAGAAUAUUGAACCUUGGUUCCCUUAUUUGAAACUUCUUCACAUUGCUAUCAGUAAACUGCAUCCAAAGAAAGGAACAUAUUGUCGUGGAAUAGGUGGAAACCUAAGUUCUGUGUAUCCAGUCGGUUCCACUGUGGUGUGGAUUAUUGAGAUAUUUUUAAUACUAGCAGUUUCUACAAUAACAUCAGAAACAACAACAACAACUUCAACAACGAAAAUAUCAUCAAAAGUAACAACAUCAAAACCAACCACAACCACAACCACAACACCAACAACGACAUCAAAAUCAACGACCAAAUCAAAAGUGACAACCACAUCAAAACCAACGACCACAUCGAAAGCGACAACAACAUCAAAAUCAAAGAUGACAUCAAAAGUGACAACAAAAUCAAUAACGGCAAAAGCGUCAAAAUUAACAACAAUCUUGAAACCAUCAUCAACAUUGGCCAGUGCUGGACUCGAAAAAAGGUAUAAUGAAACAAAUAAAAAGCAGAAACUGAAAAGCCACUAAUAAAAAUUUAAAAGUGAUCACAGAACAAGAGAUAUGUUCGAGUAUAGCCGCCAAAAAAGGAAUGCAUGCAUAAAUGAAUCCGUAUAUGUUGUUUUAUAUCGGUAUAAAAUGCUGCAGUAUCUUAUUAAAGGAAUGUCGAUAAAUCAAAGCAGUAUUCAAAAAGAAACUUCAAACACUUCUUUAUGAUUGAUAAAAAAAAUCAGCUGAAUAUCUUUGCGCAGAGUGAAAAUAUUCAAAUUUUGAAUCCUAAGGAUGACUAUUACUCAUUCUACAUUACUUUUAAAAGUUAAACAGGAAGUAUCAUGUAAAACUCUCUUCAAAGUAUAUAUAUAUAUAUUAUAUAUUCAAACUUUCUUAAUAGAAAAUAAUAUCUCUUUUGAGAAGAGUUGUUCCCACAAGUUAUCUGAAUUCCUAUAUGGUUACAAUAGUUUUGAAAAAUAAUUACAACAUAUUUUGUUUGAAUAAAUUUUCUGAAUUUAUUAUAAACUUGAAUUUUACUAUUUAGUGAUAAGAAAAGAAACUUAUUGUUGAUUGUAACUGGUGUCAUCGUCACCAUUGUAAUUAUCUCUGGACUUAUUGCAGCUAGUGUUUAUUAUUAUAUGAAAAUUAAGUAAUUUGAAAUAUCACAAUCAUCAAAGCAAUUAAGUCUAAUCACUGCAUAUUUAUUUUACUUUUCUUCUCUUAUUGAUUGCAAUUAAAAUGUCGUCGAUGUUUCAUAUUUUCGAUUAUAAAAAAACAUACAAUUAAUUCAAGCAUUUUUGUAUUUUUAUUUCUCUUAAUAUUUUACAUGUCAUCAUUUUCAUUGUAGCAAGCGACAAUUCUUAAUAUAUCUAUUAAAAAACAACAAAUCAUACGACUGUCUAGAUAGUUUUCAAAUAAUUUUCUUUUCUUCAAUGAUAUAUUCAAAACAGAAAAUUAUUGAUCAGAAGACGGGAUUGAGUAAUAAUCUAUUAUAUUUAUUCGUAAAACAACAAUGGAAUAGUUCAAAUCGAUUUUCAUUCAAUUGAUGAGCUAUUUUUAACUUUACAUGUAAAUCAUCAAUAAAAAUGACACUUCAUUCAACAGCAUUUGUCAUCGAAAAAUAUUGAGAAUAGCCGAAGUUAAAUUUUUUCUAACAAAAUGUAUUCUAAAUUUGAAGAAAACAGAAAACGUGAUUCAUACGUUAAAUACGAAUAUGGCUAACGGGCAACUAUAAUUUGACAGAGUCUCAUAUUGUUAGAAUGUAGGUAUUUUUAAAAACUAAUUGGAAGAUAUAAUUAUAAACAUUGAUGCUAUUGCGUUUUUGUGCUUUCGUUAUAAGUUCUUUAAUACAAAAUCUAGUAUUUCUUUGUAGAUCUAUGAUUUAGAAAUAGCAUGGAUCGUUUGUGAAAACUUAGUUACAACUUCAAAGACAACGCUCUUGUGAUAAACAAUAUUAACUGAAUGGUCAGGAUUGACUAACACAUUUGGACGUUUCUGAAACAUCGAUGAUUUUUGAAACGUCCAGAAGUACUUUAGCAACGAUUACGUCUUGCGAUAAUGAAUUAUUGACUAAAUUCGAAUCUAACUUUAUUUCUUUUCUAAGAUGAUGCUUGAUAGAUUUUUCUAUGAUCGAAUUAU